GCGCAGGUCACGGCAAAUCAGUCUUGGCCGUCGCAUACGCUGCAUACCGCUGGAAACGCUGUAAACACACCUGAGGUUAGGUUUGCUGCAAACGACGUCUGUUACUUCUGAGUGGGCCGGCAUUAAUCGCAGCAUCGGAUGGAGCUGAACGGCUAUCACUCCGAAGAUGAAGGAGGCACAGAAACCGACGACGGCGAGACACGGUUGCGGACGCCCGGAAAGGGAAGAGCGGGCGAUCCGCGGAUUGGGGGCGGCACGGAGGAGGCAGCGGCCUUCCCGAGGGAGCAAGGCGAACCGAGCGAGCGCCGCGCCAGACACACGGCGGAUUCGCCGAGAAAGAGCAGGCCGCCAUUUCCUUGGUUCGGAAUGGACAUUGGUGGGACCCUCGUAAAACUUGUCUAUUUUGAACCGAAGGACAUCACAGCCGAGGAGGAACAGGAGGAAGUGGAGAACCUGAAGAGCAUCCGCAAGUAUCUGACCUCUAAUGUGGCUUAUGGCUCCACCGGCAUCCGGGAUGUGCAUCUGGAACUGAAGGAUCUGACUCUAUGUGGCCGAACGGGCAACCUGCACUUCAUUCGCUUCCCCACCCAAGACCUGCCUGCCUUCCUGCAGAUGGGCCGCGAUAAACACUUCUCUAGCCUCCAUACGACACUCUGUGCCACGGGCGGUGGGGCCUACAAGUUUGAGGCUGAUUUCCGUAUGAUGGCUGAUCUGCAGCUCCUGAAGCUGGAUGAGUUGGACUGUCUCAUCCGUGGGGUCCUGUAUAUUGACUCGGUCAACUCCAGUGGACCCUCUGAGUGUUACUACUUUGAAAAUCCAAUGGAUCCAGUGCACUGCAUAGUCAAGCCUUACAAACUGGAGAACCCCUAUCCACUCUUGCUAGUCAACAUCGGAUCUGGGGUCAGCAUUCUUGCAGUUUAUUCCAAAGACAAUUUUAAACGUGUCACUGGGACAAGCCUCGGUGGAGGGACUUUCCUUGGGCUGUGCUGUCUGCUGACGGGUUGCUCCACUUUUGAAGAAGCACUGGAGAUGGCCUCACUUGGGGAGAGCACUCGGGUGGACAAACUGGUUCGGGACAUUUAUGGGGGCGACUACGAGAGGUUCGGCCUCCCAGGCUGGGCUGUGGCCUCCAGUUUUGGGAACAUGAUGUGUAAGGAGAAGAGGGAAUCUGUCUCCAAAGAAGACCUGGCCCGAGCAACAUUAAUUACAAUCACAAACAACAUUGGCUCCAUCACCAGGAUGUGUGCCCUGAAUGAGAACAUAGAAAGGGUGGUGUUUGUGGGGAACUUCCUGAGGGUCAAUACUCUCUCCAUGAAGCUGCUGGCCUACGCUAUGGAGUACUGGUCCAAAGGACAACUGAAAGCGCUGUUUCUUCAACAUGAGGGUUAUUUCGGAGCCGUGGGAGCACUUCUUGAGCUGUUAAAUCCCUCCUAAUCACCUAAACACAAGAGACUUGGCUGCUUCAGAAAUCUGUCCCCCUAUACCUGUUUAUUUUUGUUGCCACUGUUCCGUUACUGUUUAUGUGCCAUGACUGCUUAGUUUUUUCAAGCUAUCAGGCUUUGUUUCACUACACACAUGUCCUAUACUUAUCCAAAGACCUGGACAGCCUGUCGAGCCCUUUGACAUGCAGAGCACUUUAAUCUACUUUGCACUAUAAUUUUCCAUGAAAACUCACCUGUGUUGCCUUUGUCAAUUGGUCUGAAUACAUUUUAAAUAUAUACAAAAAGUAUAUGUGAUUUAAAAUUGCUAUGUUCAGGUAGUAUUUGGAAGGUCAGAUUUCAAAAUAUCUUAAUAGAUGAGUAUCUUGCUACCAUAUAAGAUCUGAAACUGUGGGAAGGAUUCUGGGGUUGUCUGUGGUGUAAGGAAUAAUGAAAGGAACAGAAUGACCUCACUCCACAACCUUGGUAUGUUAAUUGUUUUACCGCAGAAUCCACUCUUUCAGAAGACCAAUAUCUUCUCCAAAUAGAUCUCGACUUGGCCUUAAGUACUGUAUGACUGUAUUUAUGAAUACAUACAUUUUUUCCUUUUUAAGUAUAUCUGAAGUUGUAUAAAGUUAGGUGCAGUCCUAAUUCACUAUAAUUUGUAAUUAGUAGGCUAAAUAGCUGUGAAAUAUCUUAACAAGUCGACUAUGUAAUAAAUGAUGAAUAGUUUUAACCAA